UAUUGAAUCCAAUUGAAUCCUAUUUCCUCAAUUGAACAACUCAAGAACAAGAAAAAUCAUGUCAGCUCUCCCAGAAACCCAAAAAGUUGUCCUCAUCAACGAACAUAGUGAAAACUACGAUGUCUUAAAGUACCAAGACUUCCCAACUCCCAAGAUCGAAUCAUCUAAAGAUGUCAUCAUCAAAAACCACUACGCUGGAGUCAACUUCAUCGAAGGAUAUUUCAGAAAAGGUGUCUACCCAGUCCCUGGAUUCCCCUAUGUAUUGGGAAGAGAAGCAUCUGGUGAAGUUGUUGCUGUGGGAUCUGCUGUCAAGGAUUACAAAGUGGGUGACAAGGUUGUAUAUUUACAGUCUGCCACCUUCGCUGAGUACACCAAAAUCCCCGAAGAUCACCCUCAGAUUGCCAAGAUCCCAGCUGAUACCUCUGCUAAGGACUUUGAGCUUUAUGGUUCGUUUUCUGUCCAGGCUUUGACUGCCUACAGUUUCAUUGAGAAAGGACCAUAUAGACCACAAAAAGGUGAUUACGUGUUGGUGUGGGCUGCUGCCGGUGGGGUGGGACAGAUUUUCACCCAGAUUCUCAGCAAAAUCGGGGUCAACGUAAUUGCGUUGGCAUCGACAGAUGACAAAUUGAAGUUCACCAAGACUUUGGGUGCAAAAUAUACCAUCAACUACAAGACGGAAGAUGUUAUCAACAAGGUGUUGGAGUUCACCGAUGGCAAGGGAGCUCAGGCUGCGUACGAUGGAAUUGGUAAGGCGACUUGGAACACUUCCCUUGGUUCUUUGGGUGUAGGUGGAGUCUUGGUGAGUUACGGAAAUGCUAGUGGAUUGGUUCCUCCUAUUGACCUCGGCACCUUGAGCGCCAAAAACCAUGUGGUUGCCAGACCUGUGGUGUUUGGGUAUCUUCAAGACAAGAAGACGUUUAACUAUUUCUUUGACAAGGUUGUCAGUGACCAUAAAUCUGGAAAAGUCACUUACAAGCAACCGGUUGUGCAUGACUUGAAAGACUACCCCAAAGUGGCCAAAGAAUUGGAGUCUGGAACCACUUCGUGGAAGUUUGUGUUGAAGAUCUAGAGAAUAGAUACUUACGUAGUCGACUUUAGAUAUGCUGUUUGCUAGAAAUUCUAUGGACCUUUCUUCUAUCCCUUGUAACUGCCGGCAUUGUUUAGACUGAACAGCAGGUUCUCAAUCGGAACAUGGAACCCGUCAUUCAAGAAGUCUGACGGCAGAAACGGCGUCUUGUCAUUGGCCAUCUUCUUGCUCACCGACGAAUAACUGUUGAUGAUGGAAGGAAUGAGAUGAGUUUGAAGAACCGGAGAAUGAAUCGACGAAGAAUUGGAUCUCAUGGACUUAGAAAAUGAGUUGAUGAUGGAUGAUGGCCUCGAAGAAAGGUUAUUGGCAUUGGAAGAUGCCAGCCCCACUAUGUAGUGGUGUGGGGCAAGUGAUUCAAUGACUUUUUGAUAAUGCGGUUCUUCGUGUUCUUCGUCUUCGUACACAAAAUUAUUCACGUACCAGUCGGGCUUCUGGAAUCCUCCAGCAACACUUGGCUGGCUCCGGUGGUGUUUGGGGGCUCUUCUGUUGGUGUUGUUGGCUUUGUAGUACCAGCAUUGGCAAAGAAUCAUGCAAUCAAAUAGAACCGUUCCUCCGCUUCCCAUUAAAAAUGGAAGCUGGUCCCAAAAAGUCGGCAUCACCUCCUUGUCGUGGUUUCUGUACAAGAGGAAAAGGUCGGUGGUGAGUGACGCGGUGUAGAAGGAAUUACCGGCCAUGGCAAAUAUAAAUAAGUACGGGGAGAUUCCCGACGUCGAUUUGUUCUUGAAGUUGGUUCUUAUUUGGGGAAGCCGAGCAGAUAAGUAGAAGGCCGUGCAAGUCCACGCCAGUAUCUUUCCAAUGGCGUCGGAAGAAAGCCAUAAACCCGAGCUGACUGCCACAAACUGAGAUAUGGGAGCAGCAUUUGCCCGUUUAGCAAGUAAUCCCGUUGAAAGGAUAUUUAAAAUGCUGGAACGGCGUGGUUUUCUCGCGGUGCUUCCAAGCAAAUUGGAUACCUCAUGGGGGGACCUUUGGUGCAGCGGAUGGCGAAGCAUGUUGGGACUCUGUAAAAGGUUAUGGGGUGUUUUAUGAUACGGGAAGAUGCGGGUAUAGUAGUAGAAUUGGAAACACAAAACCACAUCGAUGAAGCAGUAGUAGGUGGCAAUAAGAGUCUGGAAUGGCAAGGCCCGUGUCAAGAGGCAUCCGACAAGAUUGGUGAUAUCACCUGCUACCCAACUGGAUAGGAAUAGAACAUUGACCCCGGCCACCGAUUGAUUUAGAUGGUUUUCAAUGAUCUGGGGGAGCUGGGCAAAGAGCCAGAUGGUGAAGGAAAGAUAGCCACAUACCGAGCUGACGGUGGUCAAUAGGGCAUCGUCCAUAUCGAUUAUGGAUUUGGCUGAUUUAUCGAUAACAGA